CUCGCUUCUAGGGACGACUCAAAGUGGAUCAUCAGGUCCCAUAAUCAUGCCUGGCUCAGGAAUCAGCCCGGAUACUAUAGGACAUGUAUUAGACAUCUUGUUACCGUUGGGCUUGUCAGAAAUUCAUCUCAGCGCAGGAAAUUGGAUGGAAGGAGGUAUGUCUUUUCGUAGGGAAGGAAUGGGAAUGGGAGUAGGAGGGAAAGGCGAGUGGGGAUCAUGGAAGACAAAUGAGAGAAUCGUAGGAGAGGUUAUAGCCUUGAGCAACAGUAGAGCCUUGGAGGUGUCUGGGCGCUCAAGACGCGUUUGUUGAUCGAGUGACGUGACACUCACGUGAUCAAGAGUCUCAUUUGCUCGCAGCUCAACUCAGUGUAGUCGAAGUAGCCCAGUUGUCGCUGUAAUCGCUGUUCUACCGUCGAUAUCCAACUUGCACUCUGUUGAAUCCUAACAAAGGAAUGGCGAAACGUGAUCGUGCAUUCGCAGCAAUGGAAGAAGGAUCUUCUAAACGUAGAAAGGCGGAGGAGGCCGGCUACGGGUCUGAUGUAGACAUGGAAGCUGCCGAACAAUACGAUGUGGCAGAUGAAGAAGAGCGAGAAGAUGAAACCCUGGAGAAGAAAGCAAUGAAAUUGUGGCAGACAGUGAAAGAUGCAAUGAAAGACGGUCGCCCUCUUUCUCUUCAAUUCCUCAAAAGGCCAAACCCCAGGGUUUAUGCAGACUAUUACACUCUCAUUCGGAAUCCAAUUGCUUUAGAAGAUAUCAAGAAGAAGAUUAAAUCUGGCCAAUAUACAGACCUUGAAUCAGUUCGAAAGGAUCUCGAGCUCUGUUUCAACAAUGCGAAAGACUACAACCUACCAGAGAGCAUCAUAUACACGGAUGCGAAGGAUCUGCUGAAACUGGCGAACAAAACCUACCGCAAGCUCAUGCCUUCUGAACACGGGGAGAAUAGCAAACCACCUAGUAUGAAGCGUUUGCUCAACUCAAGGAUUCAGAAAGUCAUGAAAAAGACGGACGACAACGGCCGCAUUCUCUCGACAAUGUUUCUGGAAUUGCCUAACAAGAAGUUGUGGCCGGUGUAUUACAAGCAGAUACACGAACCGCGCUGCUUAGAGGCAAUCCAGAAACAAGUCAAGCGAAAAGAAUAUAAGUCAGCUGCUGAAUUUGCUGCUGACGUGGAACUGGUGUUCUCUAACGCUAUGACAUUCAACAUGGAACAUACUCAGAUAUGGGAAGACGCAUUAACGCUACGAGAUUUCUUUCGCCAGCUCAUGGCUGACCUUCCUCCGCCACAUGCUUUACCUCAGUAUACACAUCCGCCGCCUCAUAAAAUCAAGAUCAGGAUGUCCGCUGCACAACCCUCUGCUCCUGAACCUCCCAUAGUUGAGGAACCUGCCUCCUCAUCCACUCCUCACCCGCCCUUAGCCUUACGAGUUCCAGCUCCUACCAAGCCAGCUAUAUCGAAGCCUCCAGAGAUGGAAGCUCAAUUUUCCAAACCACCCUUACCUGCUGCCCCAGUUACCGCUCCCUCCCCUUCUGUACCGAUUGCUCCAACUCAAGUCCCUGCUGCACCAAAUAUUCACUUACCUGAACCUGAACCUGUUCCUGAAGGCAAACCGUCUAUUCCACGUUCUGACGCCAACCAAUUGCCUGUGGCACGCUUAACACCUAAGCCACCUACCGCGCAGCCAGUUGUUGCGCAACCCAUACCUCAACCUUCUAUUGCACAGUCUACACCUAAGCCCUCUAUUGCACAACCCGCAGCCAAACCACCGAUAGUGCCUCCAACGACCAAACCGCCAAUCGCACAGCCAGCUCCUAAACCGUUUGCUGCCCAUUUGACAGCUAAACCACAUCCUGCGAUCAAAGCAACCAAGUCGUCGUCCCGCACUCCUCAGUCUCGUACUCCCCAGCCGAUUUUGCAGCUCCAUCCUACUAUGUCUGUUUAUGGUAAUACUACCGUCACAAAGGCUAAAUAUCCCUCAUAUAUGCAGCCAACCCCCCCUCCAAUACCACCUACCGCUGCUAUUACGCCUUCAUAUAUCGCCUCUAUGGUUCCCAAGGUGUCUACUCCUGCACCAGUACUUGCGACACCCCCACCACCAAGUCCUGUCAUCCCUUCAAGCCACCAGAUUCGCCAUAUCAUGAUCAGGACCGAACCUAGAGGAAGACUUUUGAAGCUUGAUCAUCGGGAUGGUGUUACGAGUUGGGCGAUGCCACUUGAGCGCGACGAAAAGAGCUUGUCGGUAGGGGAAAUAGUUUUCAUGGCAGAACUAGGCGAUAGCAGCGGCGAAGAAGACGAAGGUGACGAUGAUGCUGGGGAAAUGGAUGUUGAUUCUGCACCUGAGCCUCUCAAGAAGCGUCGGGGACGCCCACCGAAAAUCGUCAAGACGGCAGCAGUAAUUUCAAAACCGAAAGUUCCUGUAUCGCCUAAGAAGAAAAAACCAAAGAAGCGUGGCGAAAUGCUGAUAAAGCUCAACGGGACUAUCGUAAAGGAGGAUGAAGAACGAAGUGGCAAUUGGGACGUGGAACUCUCAGUUGGGAGUAAUGUUGUUGAAGUGGGCGAACAAGGAGGUUUGAUCUGGAAGGUUUAUGCUCAGAGAAUUAGCUAGAUUGACGGUUGACGGUCUGAGAUAAUUUCCACCGUACAAAUCAUAGUAAUACUAUCAUUACAUUUCUUUGUUCUGGGCGAUCCGUACUAUGUAGGAGAGGCAGAGCUAUAAUUUUCAGGUUGUCCUCGGUUUCAUUUCGUUUACAUAACAUUUUUCUCUUUUGUCACUAUGUCACCCAAUGUGAAAUGUUGGGUAAGUUUAUUUUAUCGCGU